CAUUUCAUUGAAUAUUUCAGAAAAUCUGUGUUAUAUCAAUCGAAGUAGUUAUAUGUUGAGAUUUAUUUAGUCUCCGACAGAUUCGUGUUUUUAGAUUGAGAUAUUUAUUUUUUCUCUUUGUUGAUGUUUCGACCUUGAAAACAGAAUUAUAAUAAAAUUCGGCCGAUUAAAAUAUUUUAUUGUGUUUUUAAAGAACAAUGUUCAGGAUGCAAGAGCUAGAAUUUUCUCAAAAUACUUUGCAAAAUUGGAGAGAAAAGUAUGAGUCAAAUUCUUUGUCUCAAGUGGAUAUUGUAAAUUUUCUUCAGAGUACUGCGACUCAAUUUGUAUACGAACAAAAAUCGAGCACCGCAAUAGGUAGCUACAACAUCGAUGAGCAGAAUGUUAAGGAUAUAGUCAUCGAUGUAUUUGAAAAAUUUAUUUGCGGCGAUGAUUCGCAUAUAUAUUUGGAACGUUUGAAACUGGAAAACACUUUCGCUUCCAUCUGCGGUCGGGUGUUCAAAAUAGGCGAGCCAACGUACAGCUGCCGUGAAUGUAGAGACGUGUACGGAGCAAAACUUUCAACUGCCCAUUUGACCAAUUCAAUCGUCACAACGCUUCGAGCAAGGAGCCAAGAAUCGUAACUACCCGAAAAAGUCUCAGGAAUA